ACAAAAGUAAUAUUGUUUUAUAGAAGUAGUUUUAUUUAUGAACUUCGUGAUCAUGUAAUAAAUUCGUUGCUCUUAUACUAUUAGUUAUUACUUAUCUUUUAUAUAGUAUUAUGAAUUAAGUUCAAAUUUCGAUUUCUUAUGGUUAUAAUUUUUUGCUUUUUAUAAUUAUUUUAAAUAACUAUUAAUUUGAUAACAAUUCAUCGGAAGAACUUAAUUCAACUUAAUCUAUAAUGAAAGAAAAUGGAAAAACAAAAUAAUUCGUUAAGUAAUAAUGUAGAAGUUAUUUGGAGUAGAAAUAGUAGUACAAGCGGUUCGAAAUCAUUACCACUCAUCAAAGGGAUUAAUAUUAAUGAGAGUGCUAUUAAAGUUAAAAAGUUAGCUAAAUCUUAUAAUUUUUCACGUGACAUUGGUAAUAAUGAACAUAGCGUAGAACAUGCUCAUAAACAUGUAAAAAGAAGUUUAUUUCAAGAAAAAAAAAAAAUAAAUAAAAAUGUAAAAAUAAAUUACAAAUCAUCUGAAAAAUUGAAGUUAUCAUGUCCAAAAUCUCCAAUAUUUCCAUUAAAUCGAAAAAAAUUAAUGAUAAAUCAAGAUCUUAAUUCGAAAAAGUGUUUAUUCCAAAUUAAUGAUGUAAAAACUGAGAAAUUAUUGACAUCGCAAUCGGCUUGUGAUAAAUCGAAUGGUAUAUCUCCUCAUAUUGAAAAUAAAAUCGAUUCUCUCAAAAAAAAUUUGCUUUGUCCGAAUUCUUCAGAUUUGAUAUUAUCAAAUCAAAAACGAUUCACAAAUUUAGACAGUAAAAAUGAUUUUAUAGAUAAAAAAUGUAAUAUGAAAAAUAAAUGUAUACUACAAGCUGAUAUGUUCGUUGAUACAAAGGUCAUUGAAAAAUCAGAAGAAUUAAAUGUUCACCUAAAUCUAAAGAAUACGAAUAUGCAUAACGUGGAUUCAGAAGACAUUAUUGAAUCGUCUGAAGUUAUUAAUCUUCCUUGUAAAGAAAAAAAGAAAAAAGAAAAACAUUGUUAUAUUAAAAAUACCAAAAUAAAGAACUGUAAAAAUGGGAGUGAAACUAGUGAAAUAAAAUGUUUUAAUAAACAAAAUGACUUAAAAUUACAAAGCCAUGGUGUUAAAAGAAUUCCACAAAAAGUAAAAACUAACAAAAAUGAAUUUAAGAAUACAAUUAAUUUUGAUUCUUUAGAUUUUUUAAAGGCAGAGAAUCUAUUGAAAUCUCCUAUAUUUGAUUUCGGAAGAAAAAAUACUCGAAGUGAAUCUAAACAUAUAGAGCCACAAAAAAAUCUAGAUAUAACAGAUAAUGUUAAGUUCCAUUUGGGAAAUCGCUUAGUUCCUGCAUCUGUGAACUCCAAAAAAUUUGUUGAGAAGAUAUUCGAAAAACAAUUUAGAACGGAUGAAUCUUCUUAUAAAGAAAGUGAUUUGAAUGUGGAUCAAGAUAAAUGUAAAAUAUUUACACAUUCAUCUGAAAUAAGAGUAAUUCCUGCCACUCCAGAACACUAUGCAGUUCAUGUGGGCAGACCCGCAAUCGAAUAUUCUCCAGAAAUCGUUUUAAAUUCGAAAGUUCCAUUGAUUGAAGUUGAUCAGUCUCCUAAGACACCACAAAGAAAAAUAAAUCAUGUACUCAUUCAGUCUGUUCAAACUCCUUCUCGUAAAGAGUGUGUUGUACAAUUACCAGGUUUAUUUGAACCAGUAACUUCUCCAACCCAGCCAUUCAUCGAUUUAGAACAACAAUUUAAAAUUGAUACUAUGGAAUCGCCCAGUGCUGAUUCUGAGUAUGAAAAUGUUUUUGAAACGGAAGUAUGUAUGAACAAAUCAAACAAUAGUCCGUCUCCCAAUCGUUUUGAUUCUGCUAAAAAACGUAGAAAAAUUGGUAAAGAUGGAUUGCGAGGAAAAUUUCGAGAUCUUAUCAAUCGUAAAAAAUCUGAAGCUUGUAUUCGAGAGUACGAGAAAAACUUAUCUAAAAGUUAUCAACCAAAAGAAUGUGAAACUGCUUUGUUAAAUAUAAUUGAAGCAUGGAAAGAAUUUAGAAGUUUUGUUUUACUUUGCUACUAUAUCAACUCUGAAAAAAAAGUUCAAAAAGUGUUAGUUACUUUAGAAAACUGUCCCAAAAAUGUAACCAAAAAUAGUAUAAUACGAAUUUAUUCUCCUUGGUCAACCAUUAAAUCUGAAAAAAUUGAAGUACUACUGUUCAUUGGUGUCAUUCAUGCUGAAGUAAUUGAAUUUUCUGAAUCUACAAUGCUGCUUGAACCUAAAGCACUAUUCACAAAUUUCAAGGGAUUACUAACAAAUGUAUUUCGAAAUGAAGUUGUAUGGGAAUGUAAUUGUUCUGAAGAGAAUGCUUGUCAAUGUCUUGGAGAACUGAGUACUUUUAACUAUUUAAAAUACAUGAUUUCUUAAUAUGAUUUAAAAAACUGAAAGUUUGUGAUUAUGAAAUAACAACACCAAUCUACCACCUUAAAAAAUAAGAAGUGAAAAGUCUUUGUGAUGUAUUUUGAUACGGAUUUUUCUAAAACGUACACGUGAUAUUAUAAUUAAUGGUAUAAUAAUUGUGGUUAGUAAGUUUUUUUUUUUAAUUCGAAGGGGUCGCAAGUCAUAGUUUGUCUUGUUUAGGCAUGUGGUGUUUCUCUUCAAUAAAAUAGUGGUUUUAAUUACAUACUAAUGGCACAUUUGUA